AUGGCUGCCAAAGUCGUCUUGGCCACUCUUUUGGCCUUUGCCCCUCUGGGACUGGCUGUUGAUCCUCCUCGCCAGCCCCAUCAGCCUACUGGCGAGGGCGAUCGCCUCCUCACUUUCAACGAGACCAGCCCAAGCGCCAAACUGCGACCGUCUUCUUUGAGCGUUGACUGGUCUUCCGCUGGCGGCGACGGAAACUAUAUCGUCCUCAGCGACGACGGUGAUCUCGUUCUCGAGGACAUUGUUUCCGAGAAGACGACCAAGUUUGUCACGGCUGAUAAGCUCCCCAAAGAUCUGCACGAGUACUGGAUCAGCGGUGACGCCAAGAAGGUCUUGGCUGCUUCCAACUAUACUAAGCAAUAUCGCUACUCUUACUUUGCGGAUUACUUUGUUCUUGAUGUUGAAUCUGGCAAGAGCGAGCCGCUUGUGAAGGACCAGGUUGGCGAUAUUCAGUAUGCUCAGUUUUCGCCCAACGGAGAUGCCGUGGCUUUUGUGCGCGAUAACAACCUUUUUAUUCGUGGCAGUGAUGGAAAGGUCGAGCAGAUUACCUCUGACGGCGGUCCCGAUAUGUUCCAUGGUGUUCCUGACUGGGUCUACGAGGAGGAGAUUUACGGCGGCCGCUCUGCGCUUUGGUGGUCGCCUGACUCACAGUUCAUUGCGUUCCUCAGCUUCAACGAGACUGGCGUCGGUACAUUCACUAUUCCUUACUACAUGGAUAACCAAAAGGUCGCCCCUACCUACCCUCGCGAGCUUGACCUACGCUAUCCCAAGGUCGGCUCCAAGAACCCAACCGUUGAGCUCAACAUCCUUGACGUUUCCGCGGGCGAGUACAAGCCCGUUCCUGUCGAUGCCUUUGAGCCUGAAGAACUCAUCAUCGGCGAGGUUGCUUGGGUCACCAAGGAUCACAGCGCUCUCAUCUACCGCGCUUUCAACCGUGUUCAGGACCACGAUGCCCACGUGGUUGUUAACCCCGAGACUCUCAAGUCCAAUGUGGUUCGUGAGCGCGAUGGCAGCGAUGGAUGGCUAGAGCAUACUCUUUCCAUCUCUUUCGUCGGCCCCUUGAGCGCUUCCGGAAACAAGACUUAUUACGUCGACGUCAACGACGAAGACGGAUGGAACCACAUCUAUCUGUAUCCCGUCAACGGCGGAGAGGCUAUGCAGCUUACUUCCGGAGAGUGGGAGGUCUCUACUAUUCUUCACAUCGACACUGCCAAGAAGCUCAUCUACUUCCAAGCUGCCAAGAGCCACUCAACCGAGCGACAUGUCUACAAGGUUUCAUGGGAGACCAAGAAGCUUACUCCUCUCGUCGAUGAGACCGUUCCCGCCUACUGGAGCGCUUCUUUCUCAUCCAACGGUGGCUAUUACAUCCUCCAUUACCAGGGACCUGAUGUUCCCUACCAAGAGCUCUACACCGUCAACUCGACCAGCAAGCCCGUGCGUACUCUUGUCGACAACAAGCAGUUCUACCAGAACCUCACCCAGUACAACCUCCCCAACAUCACCUACUUUGAGCUGGAGCACCCCGAUGGCUACACCCUGAACGUCAUGCAGCAGCUCCCACCCAACUUCAACGCAUCCAACAAGUACCCUGUUCUCUUCACCCCCUACGGCGGUCCCAACUCCCAGCGCGCCCUCAAGUCUUUCCAGGCCCUCAACUGGAAGCAGUACAUCUCAUCCGACCCUGAGCUCCAGUACGUUGUCUACACCGUCGACAACCGCGGUGCUGCCAUGCAAGGUCGCAAGUACCGCUCCAUGGUCACAUCUCAACUCGGCAAGCUCGAGCCUCUCGACCAGAUCUGGGCUGCUGAGCAAUUUGUCUCUAUGUUCGAUUACGUCGACCCUGACAAGAUCGGUAUGUGGGGAUGGUCCUACGGCGGUUAUCUUACGGCCAAGACCAUUGAGGCGGAUUCUGGCGUGUUCAGCUUCGGUCUCAUUACAGCUCCCGUUUCAGACUGGCGCUUCUACGACUCCAUGUACACGGAGCGUUACAUGAAGACUCUCGACGAGAAUGAGAAGGGAUACCUUGAGACAGCCGUGCACGAUGUCUCCGGUUUCAAGAACAUCGCUGGUAGCUUCAGCGUCCUCCACGGCACAGGUGACGACAACGUGCACUACCAGCACGCGGCUGCCAUGAUUGAUCUCCUCGUUGGCGCUGGCGUUUCACCUGACAAGAUGAAGAUGUUUGCUUUCACCGAUAGCGACCACAGUAUUGUGUACAACGGUGCUUCUGUCUGGAUUUACAAGUACCUUACCGCGAGGUUGUACGAUGAGGUGAAGAGACAGCCCAAGGCCAAGGCCCUGAGCCACCAGUGGAACAAGAGACGCAUUGAGAUUGUAGCUUAG